UGCGCCUGCGCGGAACCCGUAGUAGCCCUUCUCGCGCCGGGCGCUCGUUGCUUGCCGGCGGCCAUGGGGGAGGCCGAGGUGGGCGGCACGGGCGCCCCAGGCGACAAGGGCCCAGGUGAGGCAGCCCCGAGCCCUGCUGAGGAGACGGUGGUGUGGAGCCCUGAGGUGGAGGUGUGCCUGUUCCACGCCAUGCUGGGCCACAAGCCUGUCGGGGUGAAUCGACACUUCCACAUGAUUUGCAUUCGAGACAAGUUCAGCCAGAAUAUUGGGCGCCAGGUUCCAUCCAAGGUCAUCUGGGACCAUCUGAGCACCAUGUAUGAUAUGCAGGCGCUGCACGAGUCUGAGAUUCUUCCAUUCCCAAAUCCAGAGAGGAACUUUGUCCUUCCAGAUGAGAUCAUUCAGGAGGUCCGAGAAGGAAAAGUGGUCAUUGAAGAGGAAAUGAAGGAGGAGAUGAAGGAGGAUGUGGACCCCCACAGUGGGGCUGAUGAUGUUUUUUCAUCUUCAGGGAGCUUGGGGAAAGCAUUAGAAAAAUCCAGCAAAGACAAAGAGAAGAACUCCUCAGACUUGGGGUGCAAAGAAGGGGCAGACAAGCGGAAGCGCAGCCGGGUCACUGACAAGGUCCUGACUGCUAACAGCAAUCCCUCCAGCCCCAGUGCUGCCAAGAGGCGCCGAACAUAGACACCCAGGUGGCCACAGAGAUGCUCCAAUGCUGCAGGCCCCCACUGCCUAUUCUCAGGUCCCUGGGUGAAUGUGACCAUCCAGAAGAGAUGCUAGUGGGGCUUCUCCUGUGUCAUCAGACUACCAGAUCACCUGAUUGGUCCAAAGGACCAGCAUCCGCUCAGCUGGAUGAUGAAGCCUCUGAGCCAGCCUCUUGCUUUCUCCUGGUUGGUUUCCCCUGUGCCCACAGUGUGUGGAGAGGAGCAGGUGCAUAGGCCCAGAGGACCAAGAGUCACCAAGCAAUAAGAUGCCGCCCUCACUGUCCUCAGAAGGAGCCACUCAUCUUCUCUGGAUACCCACUUUUUGCAUCUGCUGUCUUGUAAGGCUCCGUUGUGCACUCGCACAGUGUGUGCUGGUGAAGGCGUCUUUGGAGUUCACACAGCACAGGCUGUGCACAGAAGGCCUCCUUCAUCUGGGAAACAGAACUGGAUAUUUUGCCUCAUUCACUUGUACUGUAACAAUGUAUAUAAUUUGGUUGCUAUUUCAUUAUUUAAUUUUUCAGAAGCCUAUUUUACUAGUGUUUUGUAUGAAGAAAAAUACUGCAGAAGUUAAACCUGUGAUGUGUUUUUUUCUGAGAUGUUUUGUUUUCAGGUAACUAUUGAGAUACCUCUGGCUUUGUUUUUAUAUGCCAGAUAAAAAGAAUUUUUAGCGGUUAUUUUUGUAAUUUAGUAACUUGGGAAAGACCAAAUAAGGGUGUGGAAUAAAGAAGCAGCCACCAGGCUGAAAAGCCAAUGGUCCGAUGGUUGAAGUACACUUUCAUCUGUAGAACAUGAACCAUUAAAAACAGGUCACCUUG